AUGUCUGUCACUAUUGUCUCUGCAGUUGCAUUAUUGUUUGUGGCGAUUGCUCUCAAGGCGCUGUCCAAUUUCUUUCGCGGUCCACUCUCAGCCCUACACGGCCCGUGGUACACGCAUUUUACAGGCAUUCCGCUGCUCUACACCCGAGCAACUGGAACAAGUCGCCAACAUCUCCGCCGCAUCCACAAAUUCUACGGUCCAGUAGUGAGAGUUGGGCCCAGUGAGGUUUCGAUCAAUAGUCUUGAUGGCUACUACAAAGUUCAUGGCGUGGGAAGCAGGUGCAUCAAAGCACCUGUCUUCGAUAGCAUCCGAUUCAGUCACUCACCCAUGCUAUUCACGAUGCGAGACCCAAAACUUCAUGCGCAACGGAAACGGGUUCUUGGUCGUGGCUUUGCUGCUAUGAAGGAAGAGCAAGAAAUUACUAUUCGACGACUGGCUGAACUUGCUGUGUCCAAGAUCAAGAAGGAGGCCCAGGAUGGCAGGGCUGAUGUAUACAAAUGGUGGCGCUGCUUGGCAGUUGACGUUAUCAGCGAGAUGGCGGUCGGAAAGUCUUUUGAGCUUCUCGAAUCUGGCGGACAAGACUUGCCUGUAUUCAAGGCUUUGGGUAAUGCUGGCCCAAGUGUCAUUCUGCAGGUCAUGCUGCCCAGCUCACUUCUGGCUCUUACCAAAUGGUCUCCCAUCACCUGGCUGCGCGAUGUUGGUCAAGUCACUGAGAUCAUCUUCAAUCGAGUAUCAACUGCACUGAAGGACGUACUUUCCCCCUCGUGUGGGCCAAGUAUGGUUCGACACAUGUUGAGUGAAGCCGAGCUCAGUAAGAGACCUGUGCUUAGUGACGAUGAGUUGGGAUCUGAGGUGGCUAUGAUGCUUGUAGCUGGGUCUGACAGUACAGCUGCUACGUUGACAUAUGCCACAUGGGAGAUCAUCAGGAACCCAAACCUGAGGCGGAAGAUCGAGGAUGAGGUUGCUGGUCUACCAGAGGACUUCACUUCCAAAGAUCUGGAGGCGCUGCCACUCUUGAGCAGUGCUUUGGAAGAGGCCUUGAGGAUGUAUAACCCUGCUGCAGCACUGGUCGAAAGAAUCGUGCCUCCAGCUGGUAUUUCGGUUCAUGGCUGGGAUCUCCCAGGUGGCACAAUGGUUUAUACGACGGGCUGGCUGGUGUCGCGACUUGAAGAUAUCUUCCCUGAUCCAGAUGUGUUUGAUGCCACCAGGUUUAUAAAUCCAUCGCAUGAACAAAGUAGAGCGCACGUACCUUUUAGCAUCGGCGCAAGGAGCUGCAUCGAAAAUCCCGUUCCCGUUUCUCUUCCAACUCUCCCAGAUUUCAACCUCAAACUAGCACCACAAUUGACGACUCCGUACUUCUCACACACACACUCUGCAUCUCACCUUUCUGAAAUGAUCAUCCCCAACGAACAAGACGCCCCCAAACUUGCCCGACGAGUCUGGCCCGCCUACAUGACUCCCAAGGGUGGCGGUGCCUUCACCUUUGGAGGUUUAACGUCGACGCAGAUGUUUAUCAUGGGCGGCGUUCUAGUAGUAGUUGUGCUUCUUGUUGUCGCUGCCUGCGCCGCCGGUGGCAGCGACAAAAAGAAAUCAACUGAUGAAGAGGGCGGCGACGACAAGGAGGAUGAGGAGACGAAGUGCGACGGGGAAUAG